AUGCUCAGGGUUCUUGUGCUUGCAAUUCUUGUUCUUGGCGGAUAUUGUCAUGAGGAUGACAUCCGCUAUCUUGAAGACAAUGAAAAUGGACGGGUGGUAGGAGGAACUAAUGCAGCAAGGAACGCCUGGCCCUGGCAGGUUUCUCUUCAGUAUCUGUCUGGCGGCAAUUGGUACCACACUUGUGGGGCUUCCCUGAUCCGUGCUAACCGCGUGCUGACCGCUGCUCAUUGCGUGGACAGAACUGUUUCUUUCCGUGUGGGCCUCGGAGAAUACAGUCUUAGUGCUAAUGAUGGCACUGAACAGUACAUUUCAGUCUCUUCCAUCAGGAAACACGCUAGCUGGAACACCAACAAUGUUGCUGCUGGAUAUGAUAUUGCUAUCCUGUGGCUGGCUUCCAGUGCUACCCUGAACAGUGCUGUAAAAGUGGCCACUCUGCCAGCAAGUGGAGCUACCCUGGCCCACAACUACAACUGUGUCGUUACUGGAUGGGGAAGAACCAGCACUGGUGGAGCUCUUGCAACUAUUCUCCAGCAAGCCACUUUGCCCGUCGUUGCCCACUCAACCUGCUCUCUCAGCUCUUGGUGGGGUACUACUGUCAAGACCACCAUGGUCUGCGCUGGUGGAGAUGGAGUCAAGUCUUCCUGUAAUGGUGAUUCUGGUGGACCCCUUAACUGCGCUGUCAAUGGUGUGUACCAAGUCCAUGGUAUUGUCAGCUUUGGUUCUUCUCUUGGAUGCAACUACUACCGGAAACCAUCCGUGUUUACCAAAACCUCCUCUUACAUCCCCUGGAUCAACAGCGUAAGUGACUAA